UCACGUGACCCGUGUGUUUACCAAAAUGGUGAACGUCCGUGCGUUACGGGCGACUCUACGCGAUUCCGUCUGUCGCGCAGAAACGGCCGCACGACGCUCGAAUGUGUAAAUAGCCCCGAGAUCAGCUGUUUCUAGCGUGUACAUGUCAGUGCGCAUCUCGUUUCGACGCGUCCCGAUUUCGAUCCUCCAGCGUCGCGUCGCGUCGCGUCGCGUCGUCUCGUCUCGUAUCGCGUCCCAUCCCGUCUCGUCCCGUCCCGUCCCGUCCCGUUCCAACUCGUCCCAUUCCGUCGCAUCGCAUCCCGGACGAGUCGACGUUUCGCGCCUCGUCCCCGUUUCUUUCGACGUCCACCUCGCGCGCGUCGUCCUCCUCGCCUCGCGCGACCGAAAGUUCUCACGGUGGACGCUGAUAUCGCGAUCGCUACCGUUUCCAGCCAACAUAUUUUGGAUGCGAUCGCGGGAGAUGCCACGACCCGACACGACGGUCACGGUACGACGAUCGCCUCCUGUUGAUCGCGUGCGAUCCCAUUGCAAUCUUAUGACAGCUCUACAACGGUAUUCGUAGACUAUUUUAUGCGAGAUGAAAUCUCCAUAAAAAAUCAUCAUGUCAUUCGAUCGUUUCGUCGCGCGCCGAGCUUCGUCUCCCAGCCACAAUACUGUCAACACUGUAAACUCAUCAUAGGAUCCUCUCUUUCUGUUUCCUUGUAUCGCAUCGCAUCAAGAGGGUGACCCGAAGCUUCCACAGGCCUAAUUCCAUUUGCCAAUAAUGCCGAGUUCGAAGAACACUGCUAGCAGAUGAUCUCUGAUAUAGGUUAGUGCGAAUGAAAAGCACUUUGACGAAAGACAUCUAAAUGUCUGGAGGUGUCUUUGCAUAGCGCCGAGUGCUGCAGGGCCAGCAUUCUUAAACAUGGCCACGUACCAAGUCGACUACCAAUGGGCUUAUUCCAUAAUGGAUUCAUCUAGGAUAUCCACUUUUCUAAUAUCAAUUCUACUGAUAGUCUACGGUAGUUUCCGAUCUCUCAACAUGGAGCAAGAGGCGAGAGAAAGAGAAAAGGAGAAGGAACGUAGCAACCUAUUGACUGGAAUUACAAGUAACAGCAACGCCGGCAAUGCGGACGGCGCUAACGGCGGAAGAGUUCAAACUCUAGAUACGAUGCAUGCUCUCUGUCUACCUCUCGGUGCUUCCAUUUCUCUACUCGUCAUGUUCUUCUUUUUCGACAGUAUGCAGAUGCUUCUCGCAAUUUGUACAGCCAUUAUAGCCACAGUUGCACUGGCGUUUCUUUUAUUGCCCAUGUGUCAGUACAUCAUUAGACCAUGUUCCGAUGGUAAUAAAAUAUCCUUUGGUGUUUGUGGGAGAUUUACGGGCGCAGAACUACUCUCGUUUUCACUCAGUGUGAGUAUAGUAUGCAUCUGGGUCUUGACUGGACACUGGCUGCUCAUGGAUGCGAUGGGUAUGGGCCUGUGUGUGGCAUUUAUCGCAUUUGUUCGACUACCUAGUCUCAAGGUAUCCACGUUGUUAUUAACCGGGCUGCUGAUCUACGAUGUCUUCUGGGUUUUCUUUUCGUCCUACAUAUUCAGCACAAACGUAAUGGUUAAGGUGGCAACUAGGCCUGCGGAUAAUCCAGUAAGUCUCGUGGCUAGAAGAUUACAUUUGGGCGGCGUGGCGAGAGCCGCGCCAAAACUACCUUUACCCGGAAAACUUGUUUUUCCGUCGAUGCAUCAAGCUGGACACUUUUCGAUGUUAGGUCUCGGCGACGUUGUUAUGCCGGGCCUUUUACUCUGUUUUGUCUUGCGAUACGAUGCAUACAAGAAGACUCAGUUAUUGCCUGGUGGCUGUGAAACUGGAGUACCACCGCCGCGCCACUUCAGCCGGAUUAGUUACUUUCAUUGCUCUUUGAUUGGUUAUUUUCUUGGUCUACUUACCGCCACUGUAAGCUCUGAGGUGUUCAAAGCUGCGCAGCCUGCCUUAUUGUACCUUGUGCCCUUCACUUUGUUACCAUUGCUCACAAUGGCAUAUUUGAAGGGGGAUUUACGUCGGAUGUGGAGUGAACCAUUCAUAUCUCAACAACCUUCUAAACAUAUGGACGUUUGACAAGAGUCACGACUUUCUGUAUAUUGCGCUGUAUUGGAGGCAAAAUUCUUGCGUGAAAUUCAUUACCACAUAAUUUCACAUCCUUAUUUUCAUCAAUGUCAUUUAAUUUCAAGAUGUCGGUGGAUACAUGUGUGAAUUUUUUGGAAGACGCUGAGAGAAGACCGCACUGCUGUGUCCAUCACGAGCUCCAAGCAAAGACUGAAGAAUCGCAUAGUCAAGGAGGGAAUUACCGAACUUCAAGUCAAAAUUCGCGAUGCUUCGGACUUUAGCAUCGACGCGUUUCCAUAGGCAGAGAAAAAUCUCAAUAUACAUAUACACACAUAGGCACAAUUCGCUUCGCUGUUACUGCGCAUCGUUUGAUGCGCGACAUAUUAUUGUGUCCAAUAAUAAAUAUUAUUAAUCCUUGUUACAAUCAUAUGAAAUAUUUAUAUAUACAAUAAUGUAAAAAAAUGUUAAUAAUUAUUACAAGGAUAAA